AUGAAUAUAUUCUCUUGCCUAUGCAUAUUUGUACUUUUUUCUGCGAUAAUAGCAUUUAUUCCUCAUCCAGUGAUUCGAUUUGGUGGUCAAGCUCAAGAUAGUAUAACUCAUACUGAAAUAGUUCAACUUGGUUUUAUUCGAAGUCUUGCUCGAUUUUUUAUUGAUGUUAAAACUCAAGAUCGAAAUAAAAUUGAUAUUCAAAAUUUUAAAAAUGAACAUACGAUCGAUGAACUUUAUCAAUUAGCUCAUCCUGAUUGGACGAAAGAUAAAAUAAAAUUAUAUUCUUAUCCAUUGAAAAGUAUUAUUGAUACAAUUCAAGUGAGAAAUGUUCUAGUUGAUUUAAAUCCAUUAACACAAAAUUUACCAUCAGCACAUUUUGAUAGUGAAUCAUUUAAUGAAAGUAAUCAUCGAAUAAUGAGAUUACGAAUGAAAAUCAUUGAAGAUGUAAGAGAUUCAAAUAAAAAUUUAGAUUCAGCACGUGGAAAAAUUGGAGAUUUACUUCAUACACUUCAAGAUUUUUAUUCUCAUUCAAAUUGGAUUGAAAUGGGUAAAACAGAAAUAAAUCCUUAUAUUGGUAUUCAAGAAAAUAUUGGUCGAAUAGCUGAAAUCAAUCAGGCAACAUGUCAUACUAGAGGGUGUAAAAAAGUUCUAUCAAAUUGUAAUAUCUUUCAAGCAUAUUUUUUUAAAAAUUGUCCAAUGGAAUAUUAUGAUUGUAAAGAAAAUAUCGUAGAUGAAAUUAAUAAACAAGGCAUAUUGACUAGUGGUUACGUGUCAAAUCAAUUUAAUGAUAAAGGCGAACCAGUAGUAAAACCAAGCAAUGUAGAAAAAUGUUCACAUGGUUCUGUAAUGGAUAAAACAUCUCAUCAAGUACCUAUGGGUGGUAUCAAUAAAGAUGCAAAGACACCUAUGUUUUCUCCUCAUUAUUAUCUUCAUGAUCAAGCAGCUAAAUUCGCAAUAGAGGCUACCGAACGAUUUUUCAAUGAUUUACGUAAAGAUAUAGGUGAUACAAAUUUUGAUCGUCUCUUUGCCAUUAAUCCAACUGAAGAACAAAUUCAGAAGGCAGCAAUUGCCAUUAAAGAUCAUGAAAAAUUUCAUUUUCUUACAUCAACACUUUCAAUUGGGCUAAGUACUGGUGAUAUUAAUUUUGACAAAACAUUAAAACAACGUAUUCAAAAAAUUAUUUCAUUGCUAUUUAAUAUCAAGGAUGACACUGCACCAACAUAUGACCUCAGUGACAGUGAAGUCGACAAAAGUAGCGUAAAUAUACAUGCAGCUCCAUUACUAAUUGACAAUUCUAAAACUAUCAAAAGAAGACAAUUUGGCCGACGUCGAUAUAAAUGGAUUAUGAUAUAG